GCAAAGCAUAGAAUCUCAAACCGUGCUUCCUUAUAUUUCCAUGGCGCCACAAUGGAUAUCCUCUGUGUCUCUCUCUCUUCGUUUUGGUUUUUCUCCCAUCUCUUUUGCUGUGAGCCUGAUAUCUCUGGAAAGUUGUAAAAAGUAAUUUGAUUGGAGGGAAUAAAUGGGUAAAACAAUUAAGCUCUUUGGGUUUGCUUCUGGAGUGUCUCAACGAGAAGUGACGGAAUUUCUAGAGGAAUAUAUAGGGAAGGGAGCCAUCGAGACUGUGAAAGUUGGGCAGUCCAGAAAGGAAGGCUCGAGAGCUCAUGCCAAGGUCCAAUUCAAAACAGCUGAAGAUGCUGACAUGGUCUUGGCCUGGACUGCUGAUCAAGCUCUAUGGCAUAACGAUUCUUAUUUGAAAGCCUGGACACUGAAGCACAACAUUAUCCCAACACCGAAGCCACAGUUCAACCUGAACAGCAUAGAUAAUUUGAUGUUGCACUUCGGAUGUCAGGUUUCGAGACAAAAGUUUUCUGUCCUUUGGAAAAAGGAUACGGUCUCCUUGAAGUAUGGGUCCAAAUUGGACAGAUUAUACUUUCUUCUAUCGUAUAAUUCGACGGACUACAAGCUUGAACUGUUCGAUGACAGUGUUUGGCAGAUUGUGCUACACUAUCCCCUGGAUCAAACUAAGAAGUUUCUGAUCAUUCAGUUACUUGGUGCUCCUCGGAUCUAUGAGAAAGAUUUAACUAUCGUUAACUCUUCUAAGGAAGUUGGUGAAGAUGACGAUGACCAGUGGAUUAGGGAUGUAGAUUUUACUCCGGGCCAUUGCAUUGGUCAGACUUUUGCUUUAUGUUUGGAGCUCCCUCGAGGUGUGAAACUCCCAAAAUUUGAUGAGAGUUUUUAUUAUAGGAAAGUUGAAGACAAUUUCAUUCUGGAGAAUGGUUGUAGUUUUUCUUGCAACCCUGAUCUUGUUCCUAUGAUAACUCCACCUGAAGGUUUUGACUUGCCAUAUGGUGUCUUGUUCAAAGUAAAUUCCCUGGUCCAACAUGGUUGUCUUCUCCCUUCAACUCUUGAUGCCGAUUUCUAUCAGUUGGUUGACCCUCGUAGAAUAGAUAUUGUAUUCAUAGAACAUGCUUUGGAGAAAUUGUAUAGCUUAAAAGAAUAUUGCUAUGAACCUGCAAAGUGGCUGGCUGAGCAGUAUAAGAAAUACCGUGAGUUGGAAAGACCUCUAAGGCCUCCCAUUCUUCCCUCUAAUGAUGGGCUAGUAGCAGUGAGAAGGGUUCAAGUCACACCAUCUAAGGUGUACUUCUGUGGUCCGGAAUUGAACCUUUCAAAUCGUGUGCUACGUAAUUACAUUAAAGAUAUUGAUAACUUUCUUCGCGUUUCUUUCGUUGAUGAGGAACUAGGAAAGAUGCAUUCCACAGAUUUGUCUUCAAGCACAUCAGUUACGAGUGAUGGAAAGCACAAUAGAAUUUAUGACAGGAUCUUGUCGAUUCUUAUAAAGGGCAUUGUCAUUGGAGACAAGAAGUUUGAGUUUCUGGCUUGUUCAACAAGUCAAUUACGAGAAAACUCCAUUUGGAUGUUUGCUUCAAAACCUGGGCUUACAGCAGUAGAUAUCAGAGAGACAAUGGGUCAUUUUCAUGUCAUAAGGAAUGUGGCAAAAUAUGCAGCCAGAUUAGGUCAGUCUUUGAGCUCAUCUAGGGAAACUAUAGAAGUGAGCAUGAAUGAAAUUAAAAUCAUUCCUGACAUUGAAGUGGAAACUGGUGAAAGUAAGUAUUGUUUCUCUGAUGGCAUUGGAAAGAUAUCUGAAAAGCUUGCUAAGGAAGUGGCCUUGAAAUGUGGCUUGAGAACUCACACUCCAUCUGCAUUUCAAAUUCGAUAUGGUGGGUACAAAGGAGUUGUAGCUGUCGAUCCAACAUCUUCAGUAAAAUUAUCAUUGAGAAAGAGUAUGCAGAAGUACGAUGCAGAUAGUACUAGUCUAGAUGUGCUGUCAUGGAGCAAGCGUCUCCCUUGUUAUCUUAAUCGCCAAAUAAUCAUCCUUAUGUCCACUCUUGGAGUUAAGGAUUCUGUUUUUGAAAGGAAACAGACAGAGGUUUUAAAUGAAUUGGAUGCAAUUUUGAUGGAUCCAGAAAGGGCACGGGAGGCAAUGGAGUGGAUAUCUCAUGGAGAACUUGCCAAUUGUUUAAGAGGAAUGCUCAUGUGUGGUUACCCCCCAGAUUCAGAACCGUUUCUGUCAAUGAUGCUACAAACCAUUCGUGCUUCAAAAUUGGUAGAUUUGAGGACCAAAACGAGGAUUUUCGUUCCAAAUGGGAGAACCAUGAUGGGCUGUCUAGAUGAGACGGGGACUUUAGAAUAUGGUCAGGUGUUUGUGCAGUAUUCUGUGUUUAGCAGGGGGCAACUUUCCGACGAUUCCCUCUCAACAUUCAAAGUCGAUGGUCGCCAUGUUGUUGAGGGGAAAGUAGCUGUUGCUAAAAAUCCUUGUUUGCACCCUGGAGACCUACGGGUUCUGAAGGCUGUGGAUGCCGUGGUUUUGCAUCACAUGGUGGAUUGCAUUGUUUUUCCACAAAAAGGAAAUAGACCUCAUCCAAAUGAAUGUUCGGGAAGUGAUCUGGAUGGCGACUUGUACUUUGUUUGUUGGGAUGAAGAUCUGAUUCCCCCCUGCCAAUUUCCGCCCAUGGAUUAUGGUUCAGCAUCAAGUUCCUCUUUGGAUCAUGAUGUUACUAUAGAGGAGGUUGCUGAGUAUUUUACGAACUACAUAAUCAAUGACAGCUUGGGGAUCAUUUCGAAUGCCCACACAGUCUUCGCAGAUAAGGAGCCUACUAAGGCAUUGAGUGAGCCAUGCAUUGAGCUGGCCAAGCUAUCAUCCAUUGCAGUUGACUUCCCCAAAACUGGUGUUCCUGCCAAAAUACCCCAUCGUCUACGUGUCCAUGAAUAUCCAGAUUUCAUGGAAAAGCCUGAUAAAUUCACAUAUGAAUCAGAGAGUGUCAUUGGGCAGCUUUACCACGAGGUGAAAGCUAUGGGGACGGGGGUGAGUGGUGCUAAACAAUUCACCAAGAAAGUAGCAGAGCAAUCCUAUGACUCUGACAUGGAAGUCGACGGCUUCAAGGCUUAUGUCAAUGACGCUUUCCAUUACAAAAGUGAGUAUGAUAAUAAACUUUCUAGCCUGAUGCGUUACUAUGGGAUUAAAACUGAGGCUGAAAUGAUCAGUGGAUGCAUCAUAAAAAUGUCGAAAUCUUUUGAUCGAAGAAGGGACUUGGAAACAGUUGUUUUGGCUGUCAAGUCAUUGAAGAAAGAAGUCAAAGGCUGGUUCAAUGAAAAAGCAAGUCAUGAGUCAAAGUCUAAUGUGCGCAAUCUAUUUGCAAAAGCUUCAGCUUGGUAUCAUGUGACCUACCAUCCCAGCUUUUGGGGUUGCUACAAUGAAGGAAUGGAUCGAGAGCAUUUCAUCAGCUUUCCAUGGUGUGUCUACGACAAGCUUCUCCAGAUUAAGGAGAACAGCAGCAAAAAGUCAUUAGAACGUAAGCUCAAUCUUGGUGGGUUGGAUUCUGAUCAGAAAACUAGUUUGUGGGAUGUUUGCUCUUUCAUGUGAAUUAAGCAAUAGAAAACUUGUGUGAGUCUCAAUUUGUUUACUCUUUGAAUAAUCCCAAGUACAAAAAAUAUUUGUUCAUAAAUAAUACUAAAUAAUGUAUUUUCUG